AAGAUUUACGUGACUUCGACGGCAUUAAAUGGCAAGUUACAAGGUCUUGAUGUUGAAGAAGGCAGCGAAAGUCAAUCGAAACUUCUCGAAGCAUUUUCAGCUUGGGUGAUGGAGGACGAAGACGAUGGCGUGGCAGAAGAUGAUUUUCUUUUUACCCAUGUAAGUUUGAAACUCGGCAACUUUACACUUCAUUUGUGGUGACUGUGUGAUACGUUCAUUCAUUCAAUAUUUAUGUAAUCGACAAUCUCUGCUCUAGAGUCAAAAGAAACGAAAACAAGACGUGCUUCAAAGAUCAUUGACGGAGUUUUUUCAUUCACCUUCAUCGACAAAAUGCAGAAAAAUAGACAGCGGUAAAGAAUGGUCCGAGUCUCAGGAUUCAUCCACUCGGGUAUGCUGAAUUAUAGCACAAUCAAUUCUAAACUGUUCUUCCUAGAGGUCCAGUAAGGAUAAUCCCUUGUUGAUUCUGUGUUAUUACAGGGGGAAUCCUAAACUAAACUAACUUUAUUUAUACUGGAUAGCUCUAUCAAUUGUAAACUGUUCUUCCUAGUGGUCCAGUAAGGAUCAUCCCUUGUUGAUUCUGUGUUAUUACAGGGGGAAUCCUAAACUAAACUAACUUUAUUUAUACUGGAUAGCUCUAUCAAUUCUAAACUGUUCUUCCUAGAGGUCCAGUAAGAGUCAUCUCUUAUUGAUCCAAUGUUACUACAGGAAGAAACCUAAACUAAACUAACUUUAUUUAUACUGGAUAGCUCUAUCAGUUCUAAACUGUUCUUCCUAGAGAUCCAGUAAGGAUCAUCUCUUAUUGAUCCAGUGUUACUACAGGAAGAAACCUAAACUAAAUAUGCACUUAUUAUAUUCUAUCCAUUUUAGAAAGAGCAAAAUUGUGAAGCUGUUGAAAAAGAGAUCCAAGCAACACCGGAACCAAAGAUUUGCAUUAUAGUCGACAGUGAAAGUGACGAAGAUAGUUCACUACGUAAAACAACAAAGAAAACAUACAAACUUGGAAAACAGAAAUCACUUGAAAUGCCCGGAGAAACUACCACCGUACAAGCUUCAGAAAGCCAAGAAAUUGCUUGGGAAAUUGCUCGAGAAAUUACUAAAAUUGACGCGGAUGAAAGUAGCAAGCCAGCCAGUGCGGAAGUAGUUGAUAUGCUUUCCUCUUAUACACGUCUUUUGAACAAGUCGUCGAAGUCAAAAGGUCGAAAUUUGGAAGAUGCUUGCAAGGGAAACAAUGUUGAUGGCGUGAUUGAGCUUGUGGCGAAAAGCGAAAGGGAAAAUAGUUCAAAUUUGGUCGAAAACGGCAAAGAAUUUGGCAAGCUAGUAUCGGAUAGCAAGGAGAGUGUUGGAAAUGGCUGCCCUAGCGAAAACAGUGUUCAAACCGUUGGCAAUGUUAGUUCUGUAGUUGAACAAAAUAACAUUGUAAUUAUGGCCUCAGAUUGUACGUCGAAGAACCAUAGUUGUUUUAGUAGCAACCCAAUGACAAGUGCAUCUAUUUCUACUGUUGUAAAGACAUCAACAAGCGGGCAAACGAUUGAUGAUGUUACUUCUGAAGUUAAAGAAGCUGGGCCACUGUCUUUGACUCCAAACAGUGCAUUGGACAAGCAUAAUGAUUGUUCUAAAACCAGCCCAAUUGCAAGAAGGGAACUUGCAAUUGACAGUGGUAAUUUUGAAGUUAAACAAAGCAAACCAUUGCCAACUAUCGCGUUGGGCAAGCAUGAUUGUAUAUUUGAUAGCAAGCCAAUUGCAGCAAGAAGGGAGCUAAUGGUUGACAGUGUUGAAUCUCAAGGCACACAAACUAAGCCAGUGCCAUUGGUUCCCACAAGCGCAGAAGAUAGAAACGAUUUUAAAACAUGGUGCUGUUCGCUAUGUACGUUCAACAACAACGCAUUUCUCCGUGUGUGUGAGAUGUGUGAUACGCCGCGAUACAAAAGCCGGAGGAAAUCAAUGAACACCAAGUGCUCUACGGAUGAAUUUGUAGCGCGAAAACAACUUAAAAUUUUGGAACAAUGCUCAGGGCUUGAUCAAAGGAACUCUGGUCAUAAGAAUGGUAGGAAGAGGUCCAAAAACAGCAAUAAGGGUUCAGUAGCGGUAUCAAGGGGUAAUGAGGAGUCCGAUGGUAAGCGAACAAAGGAUAAAACGGAUUUAUCAGUAGUAGCAAACAGUAGUGAACAAUCCACAGGUUCGUCUUUGUCAGUGGACGAUUCGAACAAAAACACUUCGGCGGAACAUCUGUCAGAGAGUAAGCCAGAGAUACCGGUUAAACCUGAAAUACCCGUUAAACCUGAAAUAGUUGUUGAACCCGAAAUAUCAGUUAAACAUGAAAUACCAGUUAAACCUGAAAUACCAGUUGAACAUGAAAUACCAGUUAAACCUGAAAUACCAGUUGAACAUGAAAUACCAGUUAAACCUGUAAUACCAGUUAAACAUGAAAUAGCAGUUAAACCUGAAAUACUGUUUAAACCGGUUGAAACAUAUGAACUGGAUACAAGUGAUGUGGAUUUAUUUGCUUCUGUGCCACUAAAUGAGUUCUGGGACGAGAUUAUGACAUCAUCAUGUGAGGAUGAGCUUAUGACGUCAUCUUGCGAGGACGAAAUUAUGACGUCACCUUGCGAGCCAGACACAGCGACCGAGAAUCCUUUUGGGACUGAGUCCGAGUUUGACGACAUCACGGACGAUGAUUGGUGGGUAUGUAUGUCAUGUAAGAAUUACAACUACGACGAUGCCGCUGACCAAUGUGAGACUUGCGGGCUCAAGAAACCGAGUGACUGUUUUGAAGACCUGGUAACGGGUCUCGAAGAUGAUGAUUGCUGGCGGUGCGAGGACUGUGGCGAGUUUAACUUUGGCGAUGACGUCAUUCGGAAGUGUACGAAGUGUUGUCAUGGCGAUAAGAAAGACCAGAAGUCACUUGUAGAGCAAUAUAAAAAUUUGAGUCAUCUCAUAGUCGAUGAUGAGGGAUUGGAUGGAACUAUUGGGACACCAGAUGAGGGAACUCGGGAACAUAUUGGGAAACCGGAGGUCAUAGAGAACCUAAUGUUUCGCCUAAGCAAUUAUACAGAUCGUGUGUUUCUGUAUGACGGGGUAAGAUUAUGUCAAACUAACGUUAUUUAUACAAGAUCUAGAGGUCCAGUAGAGAUCGUCUCUUAUUGAUCCAGUUUUACUAGUUACUACAGAAGGAAACCAAAACUAAACUAACUUUAUUUAUACUGAACAACUUUCCUUUAAAUACAGGACGGAGAUCCGCUGAACUGCAAUGUUAAUAUCCUUGAGAUGGAAGGCUCGGAUACAGGAAAUGUUCCCGCUCUGCUGGCUGAGCCGUCCAACAGAAAACAAAUUUUGCGGUUUGCACGACAGUGGAAAAGCCUUAAACAGAGAAAUCGCAGGAUGAUCAAGAAAGCUGGAGUGAUAUUUGACGAUCCUUACGAGGCGCUGGAAGCGAUCAAAAAGGUAAUGAAUAUAUUGUUUUUAAACAUGUACUUGUACAUGACAGAUUGCCGUGCUGCUCGUUACUGGUAGAGUAUGACUUUAGGAAAGCAAAGAUGACAGAUGUGGUUAGAGCGCUGUCUCUUACUGCUGAGUUAAGCCUGCUACUGUAGGCGAGGGGAGGGUAUCACUUUAGGAAAGCAAGGAUGACAGAUGUAGUUAGAGUGCUGUCUCUUACUGCUGAGUUGAGCCUGCUACUGCAGGUCGAGGGUAGGGUAUUACUUUAGGAAAGCAACGAUGACAGAUGUGGUUAGAGUGCUGUCUCUUACUGCUGAGUUGAGCCUGCUACUGCAGGUCGAGGGUAGGGUAUUACUUUAGGAAAGCAACGAUGACAGAUGUAGUUACAGUGCUGUCUCUUACUGCUGAGUUAAGCCUGCUACUGUAGGUCGAGGGUAGGGUAUUACUUUAGGAAAGCAAAGAUGACAGAUGUAGUUAGAGUGCUGUCUCUUACUGCUGAGUUAAGCCUGCUACUGUAGGUCGAGGGAAGGGUAUUACUUUAGGAAAGCUUUAUCUGCCUACUAUAAAGAACAUACUUUGUGAGAUUUUACACGUGAAAUUGUUUCCUUUAAUUUUUUUCCUAUAUCCAGGAACGAAAGCUAUGUACGAGUCGUUUUCCAUCGAAGGUACGUCUUUAGUCGGACUUUGUACUGAGUUGCAAGCUUUGACAGAGGAGCCUUUGUCAGGAAUUUACUCCACCUAAUGCAGUUAUAAAUUUACAGGAGAAAUUGCAAGCUGAGGUUCUGGAUGCAGCUCAAGCGAAGAAUGGGACGGUGCGACAUUGUGUGAAACCCAAGGGAAGGAAGACUGGGGGAUGUUCGGUAGAAGAAGAUGUUUCAGCAACGAACGACCAACACACACGUUGGAUUCAAGCAGUUGAUGAGAAUGGUCGACCGCUAUGCUUGUCAUGUAAGGGACUGGUGGACACAAAGAAUACUAACUGUCUGUGGGAUGAGAGGUUUUGUUCACAUAAAUGCAAAGAACUUUACCAGGUAUAAGAGGCUAACCUUAUUUAUACUGGAUAGCUCUAUCAGUUCUAAACUGUUCUUCCUUGAGGUCCAGUAAGGAUCAUCUCUUAUUGAUCCAGUGUUACUUCAGGAGGAAACCUAAACUAAACUAACUAUAAAUACUGGAUAGCUCUGUCAAUUCUAAACUGAUCUUGAUAUCCAGGUAGAAAUCCACCAACAGCUAAGAUUACUUUUCUUUUCAUUUUUCAUCCAGUGUCGUAUCAGUGGCACGCGGGUUCGUCAGCAGUUGUUCGAAGAUGAAAAAGGUGUCUGUCAGAAAUGUGGCUGUGACGCUCAUGAACUUUAUCGCACCAUCAAACUUCUCCCGAAAGCCGACCGACGGUCGUAUUUGGAGAACACGCCGUUUAUAUCUCUACCUGUGACGUUGUUGAAUAAAAUUAUUGUUGAUCCCAAAGAGGGCAUGGUAAGAUCGCAAUCUACGGUGACCUCUAUACAUUACUGGAGUAAGAACGAUUGUUAAUUAAGACGUGUUUACACUACAAGCCUAAGCCUGGCCUAGGCCUAGCUUUGAACUAGAUUUUUGUAGUGUAAACGCACUUUGGCCUGGCCUAGGCCAGUAAAUCUGGACCCAUCAGAACAGGUGGCCUAGAUUUCUUAGCCUAGAACAGGCCAAAGUGCGUUUACACUACAAAAAUCUAGUCCAAAGCUAGGUCUAGGCCAGGCUUAGGCUCGUAGUGUAAACACGGCUUUAGACAAGGGUGUCCACCGGCCUUGAAAAUCCUGGGAAGUUCUUGAGUUGAAAAAAAAUUCCAGGACUGGAAAGUCCUUGAAAAUCAGUAGAAGUUCUUGAAAGUCCUGGAAUUAAUUUCCUUGACCUCCAGCUGUGCCAGCAUUAGUGAUUUUGAUUAAAAUUACUGAAUAAAGUGAGGCAAACUUGUGCUAUUUUCAAAGAUUAUUUUCCCAGUCCUUGAAUUUACUGAAAAAGAUCCUUGAAAGUCCUGGAAAAGUCCUUGAAAUUCACCUUCACCAAAGGGUGGACACCCUGAUUAGAUUUUUAUUGACUUCGGUAGCCGGGUCUAUUUCAAACAUGGAGCCUGACACACAGGCUACUAUUAUGCUAGCCUCGGUUCUAGCCGGUAGGUCGUUCACUCCGUUACUUAAAUCUUUGUUUAUUUCUCCGCACUUAGUUCUGGGAAGCUGAUCACGUGGUAGCAGUGGCAGAAGGGGGUGGCGAGUGUGAUCUGGAGAAUUAUAGGACACUAUGUGUCCCCUGUCACCGUCUGGUUACGGCCGAGCUGCGCGAGAGGCUGAGAACGAGCCGACGGAAACGGAGGAUUGCUGGGGUACCGGAUAUUACGUCAUUCUUUUGUUCGUGAGGUAAAAUUUUAUAUUUUUGAAUUGGUUGGUUUCAGGAAGCAUCACAGUAGAUCAUGGUCAACCUUAGAAACAUUAUUACUAUAUGGGAG